AUUACGAAUUUCUCUCUCUUCCCUCUCGCCCUCUCUCUCUCUCUCUCUCUCUCUCUCUCUCUCUCUCCACUGUCGAUUUCGUCGAAAAUCUCAGCGAAGCAACGCAAGCUUGUCACAGUCCUCCUCGCUCGCUUCACCGGAGAAUCGCUCUCGGAGGCUCUGCCGCUUAGGUCGCGCUUGGAUCCUCACAAAAUUGUCAAUCUUACGAGUCCCGUGUGCUGACGAAUAUGUUGAUUGAUGCCUCGGGACGAGCCAAUGAGUGAAUCAGGGGGAGAUGCAGUGCUUCCCAAGGUGAACUGGUCGGGUCACGCCACUGCUCACGAGAACUUCUCGAACCAGUCUAAGUAUCUGUGCUCCAAUUUCCUUUACUCCUUGCCUGAGCAGAAGCCUCCUUCCGAAGGAUCAAUGAGCUCGCGGUUAAUGGCGGGUCGGCCGGGUAUAUUGCAAAGCGCACAACUUCAAAAGGCUUGGUCUGCUCUUUCCGGUCUUAAGAUAUCUUCCAGGACACACAUAAGACCGGGGAAGACAUUGUCGGUUAUGAGUGAGAAUCCCAAUUUUUCCAAUGAAAGUACCAAGAGAACUUCAGUCCGGAGAGUGCCCAGUUCCAACGCAUAUCUUGAGUCUGUGGAGACAGAUAAAAAUGCUGUUUGUAACAGUAACAAACCUGGUGUCGGUAGCAGAUGCAUACCUAAUCAAUUUCCUGCUGGUAAUAUCGUGGUCUCAGAAGGUGGGAGUUAUACACAUGGGCAAAGUGCAGUUGAAGGGAUUGCGGCUAGUAGAAUUCCUGAGCAAGCUUACGGUGCAUUGACGGGCAAUAGCAACAGGAACAAUGGCCCAGUAAAACCUUUAGUAGAGGUUGUGGAUGAUGAACUCGACGAUGACGACAUUCUCAGGAGCAUUGAUGUCGACCAAAUAGUCAUGGAGCACUACCAAACAUCAGGUACACCACAACCAUCAGUUUCUAAGCACCCACCAGCAACUCCAUCUGUCAACAACUUUGCACAACUAGAUGAGAACCCCUUGCCACAAGAAUUGCUCUCAAAUUGCAGUCAUGGCCUGAUGUUAGGGCUUUGCCCAGAAGCUGCCGGCCACUUGCAGGAAAUGAAGGAUGUGCUAAUUGCAAUAUCAAAUGAACUUCUGGAUAAUGCUACUGAAUUGAGUCCAGAAAGGGUGCAGAAUCUUCGCCAAGAUAGGCAAAAUCUCAAUAAGCAAAUCCAGAAGCUUGAGACGCAUCUUCAUUCUACUAUGGUUGACGAAGAGAGGAAAAAGUCUCACUUUUUGGCAUCCACAACUACUCCAAAUACAUUCCAAUACGAGACACCUAAGGCAUUUGGGUCCCGUGUAGAACCUUUCAGAUUUGAUGACCAUAUUAAACAGAGCAAUGAGCCUGGUGGAUAUCCUGGGUGGAGUACAUCAUCAGUUUCAUUUACUUCAUCAGAUCUGUUUGGUGUGUCUAAUCCUGUGGAUAGAGGAUCAUACAUCCCAAAGUUCGUUGAAGUUAAUUAUAUCGAAGGUUCAAUUGACAAAAAGUGGAGUAACAGGAACUUUCCAUGGGCAAAGAAGCUUGAGGACAAUAACAAGAAAGUGUUUGGAAAUCACUCCUUCCGCCCUAAUCAGCGAGAAAUUAUCAAUGCAACGAUGAGUGGAUAUGAUGUUUUUGUUCUGAUGCCUACUGGAGGAGGAAAGAGUCUGACGUAUCAGCUUCCUGCUCUUAUUUGUCCAGGUGUGACAUUGGUGAUUUCACCCUUAGUUUCACUCAUCCAAGACCAGAUAAUGCAUCUACUGCAGGCUAAUAUACCAGCGACUUACUUAAGUGCUGCUAAGGAGUGGAGUGAGCAGCAGGAGAUUUUCAGAGAGCUUAAUUCUGAUUAUUGCAAAUUUAAGCUGUUAUAUGUUACACCAGAGAAAGUUGCUAAGAGUGAUGUGUUAUUGCGGCAUUUGGAAAGAUUGCAUGCCCGUGAGCUUCUUGCAAGGAUUGUCAUUGAUGAAGCCCACUGUGUGAGCCAGUGGGGACAUGACUUUAGACCUGAUUAUCAGGGUCUUGGGAUUCUCAAACAGAAGUUUCCUACCACACCAGUCUUAGCUUUAACAGCCACUGCAACAGCUAGCGUGAAAGAGGACGUUGUCCGAGCUCUUGGUCUUUCUAACUGCAUUGUCUUCCGACAAAGCUUCAAUCGUCCAAAUUUGUCGUAUUUUAUAGUCCCCAAAACAAAGAAGUGUCUUGAGGACAUCGAUAAGUUCAUCAAGGAAAACCAUUUCGAUGAGUGUGGAAUCAUUUAUUGUCUGUCAAGAAUGGACUGUGAAAAAGUUGCUGAAAAGCUGCAGGAAUAUGGACAUAAAGCUGCCUUUUACCAUGGCAGCAUGGAUGCCGGUCAACGUGCAUUUAUCCAAAAGCAAUGGAGCAAAGAUGAAAUCAACAUUAUUUGUGCCACUGUGGCAUUCGGAAUGGGUAUCAACAAGCCCGAUGUACGGUUUGUAAUUCAUCACUCUCUCCCUAAAUCAAUUGAAGGUUAUCAUCAGGAGUGUGGCCGAGCUGGAAGAGAUGGGCAGCGUUCAUCUUGUGUCCUGUAUUAUAGCUAUGCUGACUAUAUAAGAAUUAAGCAUAUGAUUAGCGCAGGAGUAAUGGAGCAAACUCCAUUUACAUCGGGAUAUAAUCGUAAUAGUGUGGCAAGUUCAGGAAGGGUACUGGAAACAAAUACAGACAAUCUUCUGCGAAUGGUUAGUUAUUGCGAAAAUGAUGUUGAUUGUCGGCGUCUUCUCCAACUAGUUCAUUUUGGAGAAAAAUUUGAUUCCACCAACUGCAAAAAAACAUGCGAUAAUUGCAUCAGAAUUACAGAAUUCAUAGAGAAGGAUGUGACUGAGAUCGCAAAGCAACUGGUUGAGUUGGUGAAAUCAAUGGGACAACAGUUUUCCUCGGCUCAUAUAUUGGAGGUUUUCAGGGGUUCACUGAGCCAAUAUGUGAAGAAACAGAGACAUGAAACUCUCAGACUGCAUGGAGCUGGAAAGAAUCUUUCGAAGAGUGAGGCUUCUCGUGUACUGCAUCACCUUGUUACAGAAGAUAUGCUGGUAGAGGAGGUUAAGAAAAGUGACUUUUAUGGAUCUGUAUCAUCGGUAUUGAAGGUCAAUGAACCCAGGGUUUCCGAUCUCUUUUCUGGCAUAAGAACGGUUACAUUGAGAUUCCCUUCCUCUUCAAAACUAUCGAAGUCAAGCAAAUCUGAAGCUACUCCAGCUAAAGGAGUGUUGACAGCUGCGAAGCUGAGUCGUCAACAAGGAGACAGCUGCACUUCCCAACCUCAAUCUGAAGUAGACUUGAAUCUCUCGGCUAAAUUAUAUAGCUCAUUGAGAAUGCUCCGGACUAUUCUUGUUAAAGAAGCUGGGGAGGGGGUGAUGGCAUACCACAUAUUCGGGAAUGCUACAUUGCAGCACAUCAGCAAAAGAAUUCCUCGAACGAAGGAAGAGCUUCUCGAAAUCAAUGGCAUUGGCAAGGCAAAGGUGAGCAAAUACGGUGAUAGGCUACUCGAAACUAUUGAAGCAACCAUUAAGGAGUACUACAAGACCGAUAACAAAAACAGCAGCGGUAGCAAUGACAGCACGGACUCAUGGAAGAGGAGAAGAGACGAGAACAGAGGCCCGAAUUUGUCUUUUGAGGAGGACGAGUUCAUGAAAAGCACUGGGCGUUCGAAGAAAAGGGCCACGAUGAAGGAGGAAGAUUUUCAGGACUGCCUUGAUGAUUUAGAUUUCGAGGAUUCUGAUUGCAAUUUCGAAAUAGAUGGCUCGAACCCCAACCCCGUAAAGAACAUUGGUGGACGAGUUCUACCUUCCUGGGGUUAGUAGAGGAGAUUGAGAAUUUACUAACCCUUGUUGUGAUCAGUUAAUUUAUGAUGCGAAAAGAAAAUGACAAGAAUCAUAACCUUAUGGUCUCGAAUUUCUGGCUGUCGAAGAUGAGUACUAUGCUAUCAUUUGCAGUAAAUGUAAUAAUUCGAUAUGCAGCA